AUGGAAGGAGGAGGAGGAUUAGGUGGCGGUGGACCAGGUGGUGGUUUUGGGUUUGGAAAUUUAUUAAACAACCCUUCUGGUGCAUACAGACCAACACCACCACCAUUAACUGCGGUGGAUAGGUUUUUAUGGGGGAGAAGCCAUUUUACGAAUCAAAAUAGUGUUAAGAACAAAGAAACAACAAAUGGGCUGUAUGAUUUUUCCUCAUCUAGUAGUGGUGCAAUGGCUAAUAAUGGAGUUUCUUCUUUAUGGUCAUGUUUACAAGAGAUCAACUUUGUUGAUGGGCUUUUUGCUGACGGAGAUAGCCACAACUACUGGUUAUAUGAUGCAAACCCUAAUGUGGAUUUGGAACAACAAGUGACAGUUUCAGACAAGGGUUGUAAUAAUGGGAUUGGAAAGAAACCUAAGAAAGGACGUUCUUGUCCAACUUUGAUCAAAGGGCAGUGGACAGAAGAAGAAGACAGGAAACUAAUUAGGUUGGUGAAGCAAUUUGGAGUAAGAAAAUGGGCUCAAAUAGCUGAGAAGUUAGCUGGUAGAGCUGGAAAACAGUGUAGAGAGAGAUGGCACAACCAUUUGAGGCCUGAUAUUAAGAAAGAGAGCUGGAGUGAAGAAGAGGAAAAAAUCUUGGUUGAAGCUCAUUCAAAAGUAGGUAAUCGAUGGGCGGAAAUUGCAAAACUUAUUGAUGGAAGAACUGAAAAUUCUAUAAAGAAUCAUUGGAAUGCCACUAAAAGGAGACAGAAUUCAAGGAGAAAGCAUAACAAGCUAACAGAAAAUCAAAUUGGAAAACCUCAAUCUUCAAUACUACAAGACUAUAUCAAAAGCAACAGCCUUAAAAACACUUCUUCUCAAAGCACGAGUACUACAAUCAAUAAUACACCCUCAAGCUCCACUACUUCUGAAGAUCCAUCACCCCAAUUCAACUUCUUUCUGCCUGAAUUAUCCGAACCGAUCGUCGAUGACUCUUCACCAAUGAUGAGUACUCAAACAUGCGAUGAUGAGCUGCUAUUCUUGCAAAACUUCUUCAAUGGUAACACCAAUUCAAUGGAGGUGGAGAAAGAAUAUCAAAACAAUGGUGAUCAAGUAGGGCUGUUUUCUUCAAGUUCAAGUCAAAAUGUUGUUCAAGAAAAUGAAAAACCUACUACACACUUCCACUCAGAUCUCUACCUCUCUUAUCUAUUAAAUGGAGCAACCACAUCUUCAUCGUCUUCCUUUGAUUAUAAUGGACAUGAUCAGAAUAACAUGAACACGGAGAUAGUGAUGGAUCAUCAAACUACUAAUAAUUGUUGGAAUGGAAAAAAAGAGAUGGAUUUGAUAGAGAUGGUUUCUUCUUCUUCAAGCUAUGUUUAA